AUGUCCAAACCAUGUAAGACACAUUGGAAUGUCGUGGAAGGCAUUUUAUGGUACUUGCAUGUAACUCAAGAUAAAUGGAUUGUAUUCAUAUGUGUUGGUCGGGUGUAUGAUUUGAUCAGUUAUUGGGAGUCUGAUUACGCCAGUGAUGAAGAUCGUCUUAAGUCGCCCUCUGGUUAUCUAUUUAACUUUGGUAGGACACCCAUUAGUUGGCGUUCGGGGUUGCAGACCAUGAUUGCUUUGUCAACCACUGGGGCCGAGUUUAUAGCCACAGUUAAAGCAAUGAAGGAAGCCUUGUACUUGAAGCAACUUUUCAGUUAUUUUGGUUUUUAUCAUGGAUUUGGUGGUGGUGAAUUGUGA